GCGGGCAGUUGCGGCGGGAGACGGCGGGGCCGGGAGUGACGCGCUCGCUCCGCGCUGCCGCCUUCGCCUCGCCGCGCCUCGCCUCGCCUCGCCUCGCCUCGCCUCGCCUCGCCGCCGCCGCCGCCGCGCGCAGCCAUGUCUGAGGAGAAGCCCAAGGAGGGUGUGAAGACUGAGAACGACCACAUCAACCUGAAGGUGGCAGGGCAGGAUGGCUCAGUGGUGCAGUUCAAGAUCAAGAGGCACACGCCGCUCAGCAAGCUGAUGAAGGCCUACUGCGAGCGGCAGGGUUUGUCAAUGAGGCAGAUUAGGUUCCGGUUCGAUGGGCAGCCCAUUAACGAGACAGACACUCCGGCCCAGCUGGAGAUGGAGGACGAGGACACCAUCGACGUGUUCCAGCAGCAGACGGGAGGCCGGCACGGGACCUGCUCCCCCAUGGGCCACCGCCUGUAGGGUCGCCCCCUCGCUCCGUCCUCACCUUUGCUGCUCAGUAGUGACACGUGCCCGCGCCAGCCCUGGGGGGUGCCGGACCAGGACCCGCCGCAGCCCACACCCCCCCCUCCGCCGAGAGCUGCCCAGGGCUGCCGUGACCUCCGCGUGGACAGCC